UUGCUGGACAAAGUGCAUACUAUGCCUGUCAUCAGGUUUACUUAUCAAGGAGAGCAUUGUAUAUACUUGUCAUUGACUUGUCAAAAAAUCCAAAUGCACUUGUACCAUUAGAGAGGAAUUUUUCCAGAGAAACAUUAUUUGAAAACUGGACCUAUAGAGAUUACAAUAAAUUCUGGAUGGAGUCCAUCAGCACAUAUUGUGAUACGACGAGUCCAGUCAUCUUAGUCGGUACCCACAAAGAUGUCAUCAAUGAGCAAACAGAGAAGGACAAAGAUCAUUUCAGCAGUUUUCUUUCACAACUCCCAGAUGUCAGUCAAUUACAACAGCAUCUCCAUAGAAAGAACUACUUUGAAUUAGGGAAACCUGAGGAAAGCAGAGAUGAAAUUGCUAGAUUGGAGAAAUGUAUUGUCGAAAUGGUAAAGAAACAAUCAACUUGGGGAGAAAUAGUACCGAAACUAUGGAAAGAAUUUGAUCAGAAAUUACAUCGUUUGAAAAGUAAACGCUUGAUCACUUAUUCAGAUUUAAUAAAAUCUAUCGAGUCCCAAUUUCCAUCGGGAAAAGACGUCUUGGACAUGCUACGAUUCUUUCAUGAUUGUGGCAAAAUAUUAUUUUUCAAUGAAAAGGGUCUAAAUGAAAUCAUUAUUCUUGAUGUCCAAUGGUUUGUUGAUGCAUUUAAAAAUAUCUUGACUGAUCGGAAUCACCAGACAAAUGUUUUGAGGAAUCAGUGGGAGGCCUUCAGUGAAACAGGUAUGCUAGAAGAGGAGCAUCUUGAAAAGAUAUGGGAAGAAUUAGGACUACAAGAGAUGAAAACAUAUCAAACUCAGGUUCUUCUGUAUAUGCAGCGACUUGGACUUAUAGCAAUUGGAGAAAGUGGAAAACUUUACGUACCAAGUAUGAACAGUCUUGAACUGACAAAAAAUGACUUUUCACGAAUUGAACAGGCAAAUCACACUAAUAUUUUACGAUUUAGAUUUCCAGAAUUUUUGCCCCAUUUUUAUUUCUAUAGACUUGUUGUGGCAAGUUUAGAAGAAUGGGAUGCACAAAUUGAGAAAAAUGUUCCACUUCUUUUCAAAAACGCUGUUUUCCUAAAGUACAAGGACAGAUACCAUAAAAUAGUCUUGGGCGUAAGCAAUACACAAAUUCACCUGCAAAUUUAUACAUGCAACUCAAAACUGCUUAAGAAAGAUGUGACUCUGACGAUUCGCAAUAAGAUCGAAUCAUUUCUGGAACAAUUAACACAAACUUUUCAUAAACCGGUGGAAUAUUUUUCCGGAUUCACAUGUAAACCUACAAAUGUUACAGAAGAACACGAAGACUCUGUUUUCAUUCUUGAGUCUGUUUGUAUGAAUCUUUAUUUCGCUGAUCCAUAUGAAUCACUCUUACCAUGCCCAGCACAUGAAAGAAAUUUCCAUAAUCUGGAUUUGAACACCAUGAUCAUGUACUGGAGAAAGACGUCUGAAUUGCAUGAUACGUGUUGCCAACGCCUUCUUUGCUGUCGUAAGUUAAAUCAGGCAUCAACACAGUACCGAUUUCCUGUCAAUGAGGUGGAUUCCUGUCCUACAACUAAUCACACAUGGUAUGAAGCUGGUGCCAGAUUAAACUGUUCCCAUGACGUCUACAACAGACUGCAGUACCUCUGUAUUCCUAAUCAGGAAAAGACAACUCUACUCGAGUUUUGUUACGACAAGAUUAUAGGUCUUUAUGAAAAAG